AUGGCGUCUGGUUUAGAAAACUAUAUAAAUCAAACGGUGUCAGUGAUAACAUCAGAUGGUCGAAAUUUUAUUGGUACGUUGAAAGGAUUUGAUCAAACCAUAAACAUUAUAUUAGAUGAAUCCCAUGAAAGGGUAUUCUCUUCAUCAACGGGAGUUGCACAGGUUGUUCUUGGCCUUCAUAUAAUUCGAGGUGAUAAUAUAGCCAUCGUCGGCCAAAUAGAUGAGUCUAUUGACAGCAGAUUAGACCUUGGUAAUAUAAGAGCUGAACCAUUAGGACCUAUUGUACAC